AUGAGAGGGAAAUACUUUCUCCUCGGCUUCUUGUUGCUCAAACUUAUGGCUCUCGUGUGCAAGGCUGACGGGGAGCCAGGACUGCUCGGGGGAUUCGUCAUGAUCGCCACCUCCAACGGCUCCAGGGAGGAGGAGAGCGUGUCCGAGGAGACCCCGCACACGGAGGACAAAUGUCGGGGUUACUACGACGUGAUGGGCCAGUGGGACCCGCCGUUCACCUGCAAGACGGGCAAUUAUCUGUACUGCUGCGGCACCUGUGGCUUCCGCUUCUGCUGCUCCUACAAGCUCUCGCGGCUUGACCAGAGCACCUGUAAAAAUUAUGACACUCCGGUGUGGAUGAAGACCGGGCAGACUCCCUACAAAAAAAUGAACAAGAUGCACGACAGCACCAAAGACAAGACGAACUUAAUUGUUUACAUCAUAUGUGGAGUAGUGGCCAUCAUGGCUCUUGUGGGGAUUUUCACCAAAUUGGGGCUGGAAAAGGCGCACCGGCCUCAGAGAGAGAACAUGUCCAGGGCCGUCGCCAGCGUGCUGCAGGGCGGGUGUCCAGGUGAGCAGUAUCGUGGGGAGGAGGCCCUAGGGAUGCAUUCGCAGCACUUUGUUUCCAGGGCCACAAACCUCCAGGGAGGUCAGAUCAACAACAAUGUGGCACCGGGCUCAAACAUGGGCCAGCAGCACCCUUACCCUGCCCUCAGCCAGCUGGCACAUGUCUACGAACAGCAGCAGCAACAACAGCAGCACCAGCAACAGCAGCAGCAGCAGCAGAACAAGGAUCUCAACAAGUACGCCUCCCUGAAGGCUGUGGCUGCCAAGUACAACGGUGAAGUCUACAACAAGCGCCGGCUGAUGGUGGAGCUGCCAACGAAGGGCGGGCUUCCUCUCCAGCCCAUGGGCAACUCCAGACCCUCCAUGGGCAACAUGACGUCGAUGACUCCUCCAAUGACGACCAACCCCAUGUCUUCUAACCAAAUGGCCUCCAAUCCCAUGAACCCCACCAUCAACCAGAUGACAUCCAUGACCCCAAUGACAUCUAUGAUGCCCAUGACCUCUAUGACGCCCAUGACUUCCCUCACCCCGAUGACCUCCAUGACACCUAUGACCUCCAUGACACCUAUGACCUCCAUGACCCCCAUGACCUCCUUGACCCCAAUGACCUCCAUGACCCCUAUGACCUCCCUGGGUCCACUGACUCCUGAGCCAGUGGCCACGUAUGUCACUGAGAUGCCCAGCAUCUCCUCUGUCUCAACCCUCCCGACAGAACGGCACAUAGCCGGUGUCGGAGGAGGUGGGGGACUCAAGCCGAAUGGCCAGAAACCCAAAGGCAGCCAUGGUCAUGUGGGCCACAGCUCUCACAGCUCUCACACUCACAGUCAUGUUCACAGCCACAGUAGCAAGCCACCAGGACUCAGGUCUACUUCCCUGGCACACAUGGCAGGGACCAUGCCAGGUGGCACGUCCCUGGGCAUCUCCAGGGCCGCUGAGACCUCCCUUGGCUCCAGCUCGGCUACAAUGGGCCGCCCAAUGGUGUACAGUUCCAACACAAUUGCGUCUGGGCAUACGAUGGGGCUGGGCCUUAAGGCCUGGGAUGGGACUGAGACAGUGGGCCGCAGGAAGACCUACGGGCACAAGAGGCCUCAGUGUACCGUGCUGGAGCCCAACCAGCUUCACGGCACCAGAGGCCACAGCCACAGCCAACACUUCCUCCCCACACAGCCCUACUUUGUGACCAACAGCAAGACAGAGGUGACUGUGUGAGAGAAGGGAGAAAGGGAGAAAAUGAAAGGCAAAAGGAUGCAUGUGGUGGUGGCACAAGUAAUCUCUGAGUGAGGACAC